ACACGCAGCUCUCCCCCCCAGGGGGGUGGCCCAGUGAGCUAAGUGAAAGACAGAGUGAGGAGAUAAUAGAGAGGAAGCUCGAGAUGAUGCCUGGCUCCGCUCUGGAGCAUAAUAUUUGCCAGCUGCUUUUGAAUGUUCUCUGUAAAUACAACACAGCGUGAAGUAGGGGGACGGGGCCCUUUACAACCCUAUCAAGCACCUACCAUGCCCCAGGUGCUUUGCAAACUUUCAUUAACCCGCUCUGUAUCUGCGGGUAUUGUUACUGAGUGAUCUGUACUGGGGGAGUUUCCAGGGGCCCACAGGCCAGGCCCAGGAGCCUGUCACGCUACAACCCCAGAACAAGAAGACAGUUCCUGUCCCAGAGCGCUCGCAGGCUAAUAGUCUCUGCCCCAAGGAGCUCGCAGCCUAAGCAUGUCUGCUGUGCCUAGGAAAUGAGUGCCCUCUGAUCUUCACUGGCACAGACUUGGUCACUGCGUGCGCUCACAAGAAGGGCACGGUCCAGCACCUGUUAAGUUCGUGGGAAUCUUUCCAUCCCCAUCAGCGGAUCAAGCUCCAAGACAGGCUCUUUUGGACUCACGUGAGCUGUCCCUGCUGUAGCAUUAUCUCCAUUUUAUUGAGGGGGGGAAACUGAGGCACAGGGAAGCAAAGUAGAGAGCUGCUCUAGCCUCAUUUUCAAGCCUAGCCCAAGCCCACCUGACCCUGAGUGGGUUGAGUCGUUUUCAGACCCAGCCGGAACCUGAGUCUGCACCACCUGUGCUGGGGACUUCCCACUCCCCAUGCCCGGGAUCCGUCUCUGGCGCACCCCUGCCCGUUCCUGCGGCCGCCACCUCGCUGCACUGAGCAUGUGGCGAAGCGAGAGACGUUGCAACUCCUCAGCACGCAGCAAAGGGAGGUGGCAGUGGCCAGCAGGAGUGGGGCAAGCUGCAGCCGCGCCAGGCAGGAGGUGGUGAUGAGAGGCAUGGGUUGUUUUCUGACCCAGCCUACACCCAGCGCCUGUAGUCGGCUCCUGACUGGGUCGAGUCGGCUUGCGAGGGUAUAAGGGGAAGUAACUUGCCCAAGGCCACGUGGUCAGUUAGCAUCCGAGCUGGGAUUAGAACUAUGGUCUUCCUGGCUCCAGGGACCCCGGCGUUGCCCUCUCCAGAGGAGGCCUGCUGCCAGCUGGCGAGAGCCUGAUGGGCAGAAUAUUUAGGGUCACCUAAGGCCUGAGCAGAAGCCCACUGAAAUGCACCUAUGAUCUUCAGUGGGCGGGUGCUCCUUGUACCUCUGGGUUUGAUCUCUGUCUCCCUGUGUAGCUGAGCUGUGUGCAUGGCCGGGGGGGGAGAUGUGCUGUGUGGGUCUGGCACACGCCAUGGGAAUGCUUCCCAAUAACAUACCUGCUGGACCCCUUGUCCGGUGCCCCCUCUCCGCUCGGAGUGGCAGCUCCUGCCGGAAAUACCGAGGUCACUUCAGUCUUCACUGGCGCGAAGCUUGUUGGGUGCCUGGAGCAGGAGCUCCCCGUGGAGACGCGGCACUUCAGUGACACCAUCGGCCUCAUCCUGGAACCGCUCUCUGGCAGCUGGGACACCAUUUUCAGGUGUGGUGAGGGGCGGGCCAGGCCUGUGGGGGAGCGAGGAAGACCCAGGAUAACAUUGCUAGUGUCCCCCCCACUUCCUGGGCCCUUCCGUUAACCCCGCCCACAGGGACCCUCUCCUGGGGGGUCUCAGCUAAGCCCUGCUCAGAGGGGAUCGGGUGUCUCAGCUGUGACUGGUUCAGUCGCCCGGACCCCCAGUCUGAACGCUCUGCUUUGGUGUAGCCGUUCCUCUUGGACUGUGACACUCCUCUGAGCACAGUGCACAGGGAAGAUGAGGUGUGUGAGAGAGACAGACAUUUUGGGGUUCAACCCAGACCAGUGAAGAGCCAUGACACCGCCUGCCCUGCCACUCUGGUACCUUCACUGCAGAGCUGCUGUGUCUCACAGCCCUGCCGCCAAGCAUGCAGCUCACACCCUGGCUUCCACCGCCUGUUACUUUUUGCAGAAUGAUCCCGACGCCCUCCCGGUCCUGAAUUUCCCCAGCCCAUCUGCCUGCAACGUCCAGCCCUCUCCCUGAACACACACAAGUUAAGUUUGUUGCUCCUUUAAAGGGUCAACUUACUGCAGCUCAUUAGUUUAACUGGGGUUUGCCCCACACGCUUAUUUCAAUCACAGCAUUGACUUGGUUUACAGUGUAUUAAACAAAGAGACCUAGAGUUGCAUGAUACCCGUGAAGACAGGAGGGAGACAAGCAAAGAAAAGUAGAAAUUCCUUUUUACGACUAAAACUUCAGCAAGUCACAAUCUUUGCCCGAGCAGGUUUCUGUCCCCAGGGACCUCAACCCCCUUGGCCGAAGGGCCCAACGUUGUGUGAUUUCAAGAGCUCUGGGCCCUGGAAUCCCCCAAGUGAUGGCCAACGACAAGGGUCUCUCCCCUUCUUUUUUAUAGCCCAGUAAAUGUUUGAGGUGUAUUCUUUGAUCCGUAAGCCUAACCCACAUGUGUUUCUUCUUUGGGGGUGGAGACACCACAGUGUCUUCCCAAGGUCCACUGACCCUGCUUCCAGGGAGGUGCCCAAGGGGCCUGUGCUGAAUCACCCCAGUCAACAUCAGGGGGUGUCUGAUGGAGACCUGCCAUGUACCCUGUGCUCCCUCCUCCCCCACACGAACCCAGCAGAGAAGCAGCCGUCCAGGUCCGUACGCAGCCGCUGGGUCUGUGGGCAGCGGUGCAGCCUGGUUGUGCCCAACAGCGGGGUCCUGUGUGGCUGGACCUGGAUACCAGCGCCCGCCCGGGGACCUGGCUGUCUGCACAACGGAUUCUCCUGCACCACCCCGGCCGGCAGGACGCAGACUUUGCUCUGGGCCCGGGAAGAGAGCGCCGGGGACGCUGUCAGGGGGAAGCUGACCAGCUCCCUGCAGUGGAGAGGUGCCCGACUGGCACUCGUUACCAGUCCAGCCCGCCCGACGCCCUUGUGACCUGCAGGGUGCUGCACGCCCAGGCCUGUGAGCACGUGCACCGAGAUCUCUCUACAAUCGGCAUCGUCCUGGCUAAUGUGAUGGAGACGGGCUCUGCCUGGAGCUCUCCCCCUGCAAUCCCAAGAUGUAGCCGCAUCCCGAUGGCUGCCCAGUGCCCGACCUCGUCCCGUUCAGCCGCUCAGAGCCCGGCUGUCGCUGUGUUAACAACAGGCCAAGCCUUGCCUUUUCGACCUGCCCUCUGCCCAGCUGUGCAGGGUCGAUGGGCCAAAUGCAGGAACGUUUUUCGUGUGAAUGAGACAGACCAAUUCCCUGCCCUCCUAGAUCAUGGGAUUCUCUGGCUGGCUGUAAAGAAUAUUCCCAAGGGGGCUGUGGAGGUUUGAACAGCAAAACUUAAAGCACCUGGUUUCCGAGAGAGAGAACCAGCUUCAAGCUACAGGUGGUGGCGCUGAAGUUCAUCCCCAAAGUCGGGCGAUCGGAGAAGGAGCUGAAGAACCUGCAGCGGGAAAUUGAGAUCAUGAGGGGGCUGCACCAUCCCAACAUCGUCCAGAUGCUCGACAGCUUCGAGACUGACAAGGAGGUGGUGGUGGUGACGGACUAUGCGGAGGGGGAGCUUUUCCAGAUCCUGGAGGAUGAUGGGAAUCUGCCUGAGGACCAGGUUCAGGGCAUCGCCGCCCAGCUGGUCUCUGCCCUCUAUUACCUCCACUCCCACCGGAUCCUGCACCGCGACAUGAAGCCCCAGAACAUUCUGCUGAGCAAAGGGGGUGUCAUCAAGCUCUGCGACUUCGGGUUCGCUCGCGCCAUGAGCAUCAACACCAUGGUGCUGACGUCCAUCAAGGGCACCCCGCUGUACAUGUCCCCCGAGCUGGUGCAGGAGAAGCCCUACGACCACACGGCCGACCUGUGGUCUGUGGGCUGCAUUCUGUACGAGCUGUUCGUGGGGACUCCGCCUUUCUACACCAACAGCAUCUUCCAGCUGGUCAGCCUCAUCAUCAAGGACCCCAUCAAGUGGCCCAAAACCAUGAGCUCUUCGUUCAAGAACUUCCUGCAAGGCCUGUUGAUGAAGGACCCUUGCCAGCGCCUGUCGUGGCCGGAGCUACUGCACCAUCCCUUCAUCGCUGGACGGGUCACCAUGAUCGAUGACACAGAGCAACACGGAAUCGCGAACCCCUUCACCAGCAAGCUGCCCCCGGAGCUGCAGGUGCUGAAGGAGAAGCAGGCUCACUCGCUGGCCCCCAGGAGUGGCCAGUCCAAGAUCCUGAGGAAGGCGCGGGAGAAGAUGGCUGAGGAGGCCCGGAAGAAGGAGCAGCUGAAGGCAGACACUCCGUCUAAAAAGGAGGCAGCCAGAAGAGGUCCGGGGCACAAACCCAAAGCAGCCCCUGAGAAGGCAGCCCUCAGGGAGGGCGAGCAGACAGCCCGCGCUCUGGGCUCCCCUCCUGGAGACAAGAACCAAGCCGUCCUGGGAGAAGAGCCCAACGAGACAGAGUGGGAGACAACUGAGCCUCCCCCUACGCCACGGGAGCACCGGAUCACACAGGAUUACGAGCGGGAGUUCCCAGAGGAGGGCAGCAAGGCGGGGCCACGCGGCAGGCGCAGCAUCGAGACCGUGCACCUGGAGAGCGAGGAACUGGAUAGUGACGACGAAUGGCAGCAUUUGAUCGAGGCCACGGAAGCCUCCGCCAUGCAGCUGAGCACACCCCUGAGCCUUCUGGGGGACCCGGCCUUCCAGCAGCGCAUCCGGGCCCGGCUCCAGCACUCCAGCCAGCAGGUGCUGGAGGGGAUGUUGGAGGGAGCGUCUCAUCUCCGCCCAGCCCUCCGUGUCCUGGGCAAUCUGCUCGCCACCAGGUGUGACUCAGAGCUUCUGGACAGCUUCUGCCAGGCCGCGGAUUUGCCUCGCUUCCUGCUGCACCUGCUCGGGCAAAUCCUGCAGAGCGCCAGCAGCAAGCAGCAGCCCUGGUGCAUCACGCUGCUGGCGGACCUUGUUGGCGUGACAACGGCCUAUUUCACCAGUGCCUCCCACCUGGGGUGGAGCCGGAGGAAGAGAAGCCUGCAGGUUUUCCACGAGGCAGCUGCCGGCUUCCUCUCCCUGCUGCCCAAGCUGCUGGCCCAGCCAAUGGACGUCGAGAUGAGGCUCCGCCAGCAGAGCAGCAUGAGCUUCGCCCUGCUCUGUGAGGACAUGGACUGCAGCAGCCCCAGGGUGUCGGGCCCCUUCUAUGCCAACCUGCUUGCCAAGCAGCGCCCCCUGCUGGACACACUCCUCCAGGGGGCCACCCUGGAGCUGCCCACUCCGGAAGAGCCAGCGAGGGAGGCGAAAGCAGCACGAGAGCAGCGUGAGCGUGGGGCAGAUGUCUUCACAGAAGCACUGGCCGCAGUCUGCAGCCUCCCCGUGGGGCGGAACGGGUGCCAGGAGGCCAAAAAGCAGGUCGCCCAGCUGGUGGCUGAGAAACUGACGGAGGAAAACAGCCAGCUGUUAGUGAGGCUCGUGGCAGGACUCGAGCGCCCGGCCUGCUCCCUGAACGUGCUGAAGGUCUUGUAUUCCUGUGGCCACGCCAGUAAAAGUCUGUGCCAGCUCCUGGCCAAGGGGCAGCAAGUGCCGAGCUCCCUGGCCCGGCUGGUGAAGGGCGAGGUCCCGAUGGGGGAGCGGCUGCGGGUGCAAGCCUGCGAGGCAUCGCUGCACCUGCUGUCUCUGCUCGCCCUCCAGCUGCAGGCUCUCCCUCCCCGGGUGGACCUGGUGGUGAGUGACGCCACCGAGCUCUUCACCCAGUCGGCUGUCGUCUCCCUCGUGAGCGCCGCGGGAUUCCUGCUGGCUCAGCUCGGACAGCACGGGGCGACCAUCGAGGUGGGGCGCGAGGACGCCAUGUCGGCCAUGACCAAUGCACUCACCGCGCCUGCCGAGCUGCACCUGCCCCCACCCAUGGGCGCUGGCCUCUACGAUGGAUUCCUGCUUCUCCUGCUGCAGCUCCUCGCUCAGGGCGACACGGUGACGGUGCGGGGGUUUGCCAGCUCGGAGCUGUGGAACGUCGCCUGGCACCGUUUCGCCAUGGUGCUCCACCUGGCCACCGAUGAGCCGGUGAUGGAGGGCGAGGAGCCACUGCCAGGCCAGCCCACUCCGGAGCCAGACUGGACCCUCGUCUCUCCUCAAGGCACCGCGCUCUUCCUCAGCCUGGCCCUCUUCGUCUUCACCCGAGAGCCUCACCAGUGCCUUCUUCAGCUCGCCCACCCCGACAGCGUCAUCAUGGCAACCUUCCCCAAGCUGCUGUCCCUCGACUUCCUGGGUCACCUGGCGCAGACGCAGGUGGGGGAGGACGGUGACCCCGAGCUGGUCCCAGCUGUGGUGCUCCAGGCCUGCCAGCUGCUCUGCUUCCCCUUCUCCUUGGACGUGGACACUGAGACCUUCAGGUGGGUCAUGAAGGCCCUGAGAGACGCCGAGAUCCCCGCCCAUCUCCUCCAGGUCUGCUGCCACCAUCUGCCCUUCUCGGAGACCGCGCUUCCCAUGAGCCUCCUGUGCCACCUGGUCCUGUCCGACGAGCGGGUCAUCGACCAGUUGGUGGGGGUGGCUGCUGCUUCGGACCCCGCCAGUGCCUUCCUGUCGGCCAUCUUGCUUUCGGACAGCCCUCUGCUCACAAUGGACCUCCUGUCCCUCCUGACCCACGUGGCCCGGGCCUGUCCUGCUCACCUGCCUUUCCUCCAGAAGAUCCUGGGCGGCUCGGACUCGGCCUGCCAGCUGCUGAGCCACCUGCUGUGCCACCAGGAGCACCCGAUCCGCGCCAAGGCCUGCAGCCUGCUGGGCAACCUGCUGCGUCACAACCAGGACUUCCCCCGGGCGCUGCGGAGCCGGGCGGGCCUGCUGGAGCGCCUGCUGGAGCGCCUGUCGGACCAGGACGAGAGCGUGCGCAGGUCGGCCAGCUUCGCGGUGGGCAACGCUGCCUACCAGGACGGCUCCCUCCCGCACGCCCUAGGGAAAGCCGUGCCCGGCGUGGUGAGGCUUUUGAGCGACCCCCAGGCCAAAACCCGGUGUAAUGCCGCCUCCGCUCUGGGGAACUUGGGCAGGCAGACAGCGGAACUGGGGGACGUGCUGAUCCAGAGCAGAGCCCCCCAUCUCCUGCUGGAAGUGGCCUGCCACGACUCCCAGCCAGCUGUGCAGGAGGCAGCACUGGUCGCACUGCGGUCCGUCAGCCAGCAGCCAAAGAUACACCAGGUGCUCGUGUCGCUCAAGGCCAGCGAGAAGCUGCUGGCACUUUCCAUCAGCGAAGCUCAGACCAGUUCCUAUGGGAGGCCCCGACCGUCUUCAGCUCAUCACUGCAAGAAGCUCAUCCACCUUCUGCGCCCAACACACAGUGCCUGAGAACAGCAGGUCUCUGCUCUGGGAGAGACCAUUCCACCCGCCUCUUGAGGACUACACUUUGUGCCGGAAUACAGGGGACACCACCCCCAUCUCCUGAGACCAACGCAGUGCCUGAGCAUGGCAGGUCCCUGUGGAGUCGGGGGAGACCACCCUGACAACAGUUGGUCAAGAAACGUAUCUGAUAAAGACAGAGAUGGGUGAAAUACGGUGUGUGAGAGAAAGAAACCAGAACUCCUCCUUCUCUUGAUCUGGACCCCUGCUCUCCGAUGAGACCCCUCUUUGCCAGUCCUGAGAAAGAUCAUGCCAGCAACUCCCUUUCCUGUCCUUUCGUAGAGAUCUCUCCAACCCAAAUUUGGUGCCCCCCACACUUCCCCAGGGACAGACGUUGGUUAGUGUUCCAUCUUGUACUAUCUCCACCCCCACCACAUUUCAUUCCAAGAGCACCUUGGAAUGAAUGAACCCAACCCCGUUUCCAGGCUGAAUCCUAUCCAACCAGGUCUAGCUUCUACUUAGAGGUUCUUCUGACUCCAGGCACCUUCCGGGGAAGAAGCCUCCAAACCUAAAGAACCCAGCUUUCAAAAAGGGGUCUCAUGCUUACUGAGAUGUACCUUAUGGUCACCUAGGUUCAGCCAUGCAGGGGAUCCAGCCCCAAGAUCCAGUGUGCCUUUGGCCUCUCCCCACAUCAGUCUCUCUCCCACCAGAGAAGUGCCCCAUCUCUCCCCAUCCUCCUUGAAUGAGCUCCAGCAAGAUCAGAUUUAAUUGAACCAGACCCUGGAUGGACUAAACCCAACACCAAGCCUUGAUGGUUCAGGGACUCUCUCCAGGACACAUUCCACAUACUUACCUUCACCCUACACUUCCAGAGUUUAACUGCAGGGUCCAGGUGAUACAAGCCAGACUUGGCAUCAGAUUCCCAGGAGAAUUGGAGUUCAUGGUGUGUCCAGGAUUCUGUUCACAGCUGCUGAGGGCUUCUCUUCUGCAGUGAAGUUGGAGAUUGUCUCUCUGGCUCAGCUUCAUGAAGACGGGUUCGGUUCUCCUGUUAUCCGUGGAGUGUGUGGUGGGGAUUCUACUCUGCGGCUCUGACUGAAGUCUGAAGGUUUCUCCUAAUCUAUGUGCUCCAUCAUGCUGGAACCCACCGCCUUUGUGGAUGAGAACUGGACAGUCAAGUGCCAUCAGCGGAACCUGCUAGCGUUCCUUAAUCAGCCAGAGGGGUCGCAUUUGGGCAGUGCCAGGCACUUCCUCCCUGAGGUUCCAUGUACCACCUCAAUGUUGUGGGUCUGAACAUACUCGAUCCGAUGUGUUCAUAGUGGUAUUUGGGUGUCCAUAGAAGCCUUGGCUGGACUUAUCCUACCUGCAUUUUCUAGCCAUUUGUAGUGACUCUUUUAUAACAGAGACUUUGUGUGAUGUUGGUUUGGAGUCACUUUUCUGGAUUCAUUUUUUGUACUAUUGCAUUUACGUUUAUAAUUUAUUAUAAUAAACGGCUCUUCCCUU